AUGACUCUUGGCGAAGAGUGCUCGGCUUUCCUCCUCGACCGCUUUCCCAAAAAGCGGUCCAACCUAGGUAGCUUUACUAUCCCUCUUGAUAUUGGUGAUCACCAUAUAGACAAUGUCUUGGCGGACCUAGGAGCUAGUGUGAAUGUGAUGCCCUACAAGCUUUUCAAAAAGUUAGAAGUAGGUGAACUUAAGACCUCUAAGCUUAGCAUCACCUUAGCCGACCGUUUGGUCAUUAGCUCGAGAGGUAUAGUGGAGGACAUGAUGGUGAGAGUGGGCAAGUUUUGCUAUCCGACCGAUUUGGUGAUUCUCGACAUAAGCGAGGACUCGGAUAUGCCCCUCAUCCUCGAUCGUCCCUUUCUUGCAACCACCAAGGCAUUGAUAGAUGUUAAUUAG